AUGCAAGGCACCCAAGGCAUGGAAAGCAUGGGAGAUGGCAGCAUGGGAAACCCAGCCAACGGAGCUAACGGAAUGGCUGGCGGCUGCGGCUGUGGUGGCUGUGGUGGAUGCGGCUGCGGCUGUGGACCCUGCUGCGGUGGUUGUUGCGGGUUUCCAUGCGGAGGAAUGAUGGCCAUGCCGAUGAUGGGCAUGCCAAUGAUGCCCAUGAUGAACCCGAUGAUGGGACUCAUGGCCGGCAUGGCCAGCAUGGCCAACAUGGCGAAAGCUGCCAAGGCAAAGAAGAAGGCCCCCGAGCCUGAGGAAAAGAAAGAGGAGGAGAAGGAAGCCGCACCGGCCGUGGAAGCUUUCAACCCGGAGGAGCUGCAAAAGCGGCUGCUCAUGGCCCAGUCACAGCGCUUCGCCGAGGUGGCGAAGAAGGACCAGGACGAGGACGCCGAGAGCCAGGAUGAUGGAGAGCAUUCAGACAGCGGCAGUGAGAAGAGUCAAAAGAGCAAAGGUGAAGGAGGAAACGAGGAGAAGGAUGCCAAGAAGUCGGAGGACGAGUCGAUGAGCGAGGACGAAGCUCCGCCACCUCCGCCGGAGCCUCCCCAACCGCCUCCGCAACCGGAAAAGGCUCCCCAACCCAGCGAACCCAAAGACCCCACACCAGCCCAACUGCAGAAGGGCCCGGCCCCUUUGGCCCCAGCCCCAGCACCCCCACAGGAACCCCCACAGGAACCCCCAAAGCAGGCCAAUGCGGGUAAGGCUCAAGCCCAGCCACAAAAGGCUCCUUUGACUUGGCCUGGCCCUCCACCAAACACUGACAGAAUGGACCCGCGGAUGCAGGAAACCCUGCAAAAGCUCCAAGCCCUCCAAGGAGGAGCGCUUGGACAGGUGUCGGAGGAGCAGAAGGCCAGGCGUAUGAAGGCUGCGACUGCCGCAGCCGAAGAGAUCAAAAUGUCUUUGGAGAUGAAGGGCUCCGAGCCUGGCACCGAGCAGAAAGACAAAGACAACGAUUCGGAGAAAGGUCCCGACACAGCCAUGGGUGUCGUUAUCCAUUGGAGCGGCGUCAGAGGUUUUGGAAUUCUGCGUUCGCAGACUCAUGGUGAGGUCACUGUCAAUGCCAAGGAUCUAAUGAACGCUGGCGAGCUGGCCGUCGGGGACGUUGUCACUUUCGAGCUGGGCUUUGACAAAAAGAAGAACAAACCGGAGGCCAAGAAUGUCUACAAGUCCGGUGCAGGUGGUCAGAAGUCCAGUGGUGACCGCAGUGACGCGGCACGGACAUCCACCAGCAGUUCGGCGCCUGGCACUGCCAGCAACGGCCAGUCCAAGGCAGAUGCCAAAGAGAAGGCAAAGGAUGCAAAGGAGAGCAAGGAGAGUAAGGAGAGUAAGGAGAAGGAGCGGAAGGAGAGCAGCAAGAAGGAGAAGAGUCAGAAGAGGAAGUCGCGCUCACGACGGAAGUCUUCUUCCUCCUCCUCCUCGUCCUCGUCUUCCUCCCGCAAGCGGAGGAGAAGGUCUCGCUCUCGAUCCCGCUCACGUCGCCGUCGGCGGUGA